UACUAGUAUGGUUUAACUUCAAUUAUCCCCUAUCUUAUGUCCUAUACACUAGUAUGGUUUAACUUCAAUUAUCCCCUAUCUUAUGUCCUAUACACUAGUAUAGUUUAACUUCAAUUAUCCCCUAUCUUAUGUCCUACAUACUAGUAUGGUUUUACUUCAAUUAUCCCCUAUCUUAUGUCCUACAUACUAGUAUGGUUUUACUUCAACUAUCCCCUAUUUUAUGUCCUAUAUACUAGUAUGGUUUUACUUCAAUUAUCCCGUAUCUUAUGUCCUACCUACUAGUAUGGUUUAACUUCAAUUAUCCCCUAUCUUAUGUCCUAUACACUAGUAUGGUUUUACUUCAAUUAUCCCCUAGCUAUCUUAUGUCCUACAUACUAGUAUGGUUUUACUUCAAUUAUCCCCUAUCUUAUGUCCUAUAUACUAGUAUGGUUUUACUUCAAUUAUCCCCUAGCUAUCUUAUGUCCUACAUACUAGUAUGGUUUUACUUCAAUUAUCCCCUAUCUUAUGUCCUAUAUACUAGUAUGGUUUUACUUCAAUUAUCCCCUAGCUAUCUUAUGUCCUACAUACUAGUAUGGUUUUACUUCAAUUAUCCCCUAUCUUAUGUCCUAUAUACUAGUAUGGUUUUACUUCAAUUAUCCCCUAGCUAUCUUAUGUCCUACAUACUAGUAUGGUUUUACUUCAAUUAUCCCCUAUCUUAUGUCCUAUAUACUAGUAUGGUUUUACUUCAAUUAUCCCCUAGCUAUCUUAUGUCCUACAUACUAGUAUGGUUUUACUUCAAUUAUCCCCUAUCUUAUGUCCUAUAUACUAGUAUGGUUUUACUUCAAUUAUCCCCUAGCUAUCUUAUGUCCUACAUACUAGUAUGGUUUUACUUCAAUUAUCCCCUAUCUUAUGUCCUAUAUACUAGUAUGGUUUUACUUCAAUUAUCCCCUAGCUAUCUUAUGUCCUACAUACUAGUAUGGUUUUACUUCAAUUAUCCCCUAUCUUAUGUCCUAUAUACUAGUAUGGUUUUACUUCAAUUAUCCCCUAGCUAUCUUAUGUCCUACAUACUAGUAUGGUUUUACUUCAAUUAUCCCCUAUCUUAUGUCCUAUAUACUAGUAUGGUUUUACUUCAAUUAUCCCCUAGCUAUCUUAUGUCCUACAUACUAGUAUGGUUUUACUUCAAUUAUCCCCUAUCUUAUGUCCUAUAUACUAGUAUGGUUUUACUUCAAUUAUCCCCUAGCUAUCUUAUGUCCUACAUACUAGUAUGGUUUUACUUCAAUUAUCCCCUAUCUUAUGUCCUAUAUACUAGUAUGGUUUUACUUCAAUUAUCCCCUAGCUAUCUUAUGUCCUACAUACUAGUAUGGUUUUACUUCAAUUAUCCCCUAUCUUAUGUCCUAUAUACUAGUAUGGUUUUACUUCAAUUAUCCCCUAGCUAUCUUAUGUCCUACAUACUAGUAUGGUUUUACUUCAAUUAUCCCCUAUCUUAUGUCCUAUAUACUAGUAUGGUUUUACUUCAAUUAUCCCCUAGCUAUCUUAUGUCCUACAUACUAGUAUGGUUUUACUUCAAUUAUCCCCUAUCUUAUGUCCUAUAUACUAGUAUGGUUUUACUUCAAUUAUCCCCUAGCUAUCUUAUGUCCUACAUACUAGUAUGGUUUUACUUCAAUUAUCCCCUAUCUUAUGUCCUAUAUACUAGUAUGGUUUUACUUCAAUUAUCCCCUAGCUAUCUUAUGUCCUACAUACUAGUAUGGUUUUACUUCAAUUAUCCCCUAUCUUAUGUCCUAUAUACUAGUAUGGUUUUACUUCAAUUAUCCCCUAGCUAUCUUAUGUCCUACAUACUAGUAUGGUUUUACUUCAAUUAUCCCCUAUCUUAUGUCCUAUAUACUAGUAUGGUUUUACUUCAAUUAUCCCCUAGCUAUCUUAUGUCCUACAUACUAGUAUGGUUUUACUUCAAUUAUCCCCUAUCUUAUGUCCUAUAUACUAGUAUGGUUUUACUUCAAUUAUCCCCUAGCUAUCUUAUGUCCUACAUACUAGUAUGGUUUUACUUCAAUUAUCCCCUAUCUUAUGUCCUAUAUACUAGUAUGGUUUUACUUCAAUUAUCCCCUAGCUAUCUUAUGUCCUACAUACUAGUAUGGUUUUACUUCAAUUAUCCCCUAUCUUAUGUCCUAUAUACUAGUAUGGUUUUACUUCAAUUAUCCCCUAGCUAUCUUAUGUCCUACAUACUAGUAUGGUUUUACUUCAAUUAUCCCCUAUCUUAUGUCCUAUAUACUAGUAUGGUUUUACUUCAAUUAUCCCCUAGCUAUCUUAUGUCCUACAUACUAGUAUGGUUUUACUUCAAUUAUCCCCUAUCUUAUGUCCUAUAUACUAGUAUGGUUUUACUUCAAUUAUCCCCUAGCUAUCUUAUGUCCUACAUACUAGUAUGGUUUUACUUCAAUUAUCCCCUAUCUUAUGUCCUAUAUACUAGUAUGGUUUUACUUCAAUUAUCCCCUAGCUAUCUUAUGUCCUACAUACUAGUAUGGUUUUACUUCAAUUAUCCCCUAUCUUAUGUCCUAUAUACUAGUAUGGUUUUACUUCAAUUAUCCCCUAGCUAUCUUAUGUCCUACAUACUAGUAUGGUUUUACUUCAAUUAUCCCCUAUCUUAUGUCCUAUAUACUAGUAUGGUUUUACUUCAAUUAUCCCCUAGCUAUCUUAUGUCCUACAUACUAGUAUGGUUUUACUUCAAUUAUCCCCUAUCUUAUGUCCUAUAUACUAGUAUGGUUUUACUUCAAUUAUCCCCUAUCUUAUGUCCUAUAUACUAGUAUGGUUUUACUUCAAUUAUCCCCUAUCUUAUGUCCUAUAUAUAUUAAUAUGGUUUUACUUCAAUUAUCCCCUAGCUAUCUUAUGUCCUACAUACUAGUAUGGUUUUACUUCAAUUAUCCCUCUAUCAUAUGUCCUAUAUACAAUUAUAGUUUUACUUAAAUUAUCCC